CCAGAAGAUUAUCCAGACUAUUAUGAAAUCAUCAAACAACCUAUUGCACUUGAUACGAUGAAGGUAAAAACCUGAAAGACGAGAAUGACGCGUUAUUUAGUUUGUUAUUGCAGGCCAAAAUAGAUGCACGCGAAUACGAAUCACUUGCUGAAUUUAAGGCAGACAUUGAAUUGAUGGUUUCGAAUGCAAAGAAAUACAACAGAAAAGAAUCUCAAGUGUAUGAAGAUGCUGUUCAGAUUCAAAAAUUUGUCAAACAAUGGCAUGGAUUACAAGAAAAAGCCUUGUUAAAAUUACCUGGAGGAGCAUUUGCAAAAACCAACCAUGCAGAAGCAUCUCCACCUAAAAUCAAAGCCAUUAAACUCCGAGCUGUAGAGAAACAACAAGAAAAGCCAAAGAAACCCAACAUGCAAAAACUAAAGGCAUUGAAUGCUGCCAUUGCAAAAAGAGAAUUUAAAAAGGCGAUAGAGAUGUUGAAUGACCCAGAUAUGGAUCCAAAUGCACUUGUACCAGUAGAAAUGUUCCAAGAUAAAUUCACUUGGUCUCCUCUUCAUGCAGCUUGUUAUUUUGGUGACAUUCAGUUAGUAGAAGCCUUGUUGACUAAGGGUGCCAAUGUAGAAUUGAAUGAUACAUGGUAUUCUGCUACUCCUUUAGGCUGGGCUGCUUUUGGUGAUAAAGAUAAAAUUGUGCGUUUGUUGAUUGAAAAGUACCAUGCAAACACAAAAGCAGAGAAUAUACAUGGUCAAGUACCUUUUGAUCUAGUGUCUGAUCAACAAGAUCCUCGUUGGCAAGGUAUCUUUGAUUCUAAACAACCUACUCCUCCACCUCCUUCUCCACCUAAACCCUCAUCAACACCCAAACCACCCGUACAACCACAGCAAAGAAUCUUAUUGCAGAACACAAUGCCUCCUCCUCCUACACCCAUAAAAUCAUUUCAGCCUCAAAUGUAUCAGCCACAAAUAGCAGAUGGCCAAAUGCUUAAGAAACGUAGAGGAAGACCACCUAAGAGUGAAACAGAUGCUGCUGCUGUUCGACCCACAAAAGAGAUUGAUAUCAACACAUUUGAUCCUGUUGCAUUUGAAAUUGAACUAUUCAAUGCGAUUCGUACACACACAGACAAUACCAACAGAUUAUACUCUGAACAAUUCGAAGAUUUACCUGAUAGACAUGAGUAUCCUGAAUACUACAAAACCAUCAAAACACCCAUCUCUUUAACUCAAAUUGCAGAGAAAAUGCAGACAAGGCAGUACCCCCAUUUACACGCUUGGAUGAAUGAUAUGAAAAUGGUGUUUGAAAAUGCACUUAAUUUCAAUGAACCUGGCUCCCGUAUCUUUCGAGAUGCUAAACUCUUGUUGCGCUUAUUGCAUCGUCUGAAAGAACGUAUUCUUGCUCGAUUGGCUGUUCCUGUCAGUCAAGAAGAUGCUAUCUUCAGUUUAGAUUUGACACAGCGACCCUUUGAUGCUGAUGCACUUAGUGAAGAUAAGCGCAAAUCAAGACGAUUCUUGACACAUAACAAAUCAAGAACACAUAGUAUAGAACCAGAUCAACAACAACAACACCAACAACAAUUAUUACAAAUCAAUCCCUAUCUAUUACAGCAACAACAACAACAACAGCAGCAGCAGCAGCAGCAGCAGCAGCAACCAUUGUAUCAACAACACCACCAACAACAGCAACGUCUUUUACAAGUACCACAUAUGAUGCCUAUGAUGCUACAGCCCACAUUGCCUCAAGCACCUAAUGCUUAUGAUAUGAAUGCUUAUAAUGCUGCUGCUACUGCUGCUGUAGCUGCUGCCGCUGCCGCCGCCGCUGCUGCUGCUGCUGCCAAUGUCAAUCGUCCUACUACCAUCUUUUCUCCCUUUUCUGAAUCCAACACAACCUCACCUAUCAAUAAUAAUAACAAUGAACCAACAUCACCACUCCCUAAAGCUUCAAAGGAAUUUUAUGCUUUGUGUCAAGAUAAUAUGGAACUGCUUAUGGAAGAACUCAGGAUUUAUUCUGCUGAUCAAAAAGUGGAUUUGUCUAUGGAUGGGGCCUAUGCUAACCAUAGUUUUCAUGUCCCUGCUAGUGUGGAUACAUUGACAAUGAAACUUGAUCUCGCUAAACCCUUAAAGGCAGAAACUCAGAGAUUGACUAUUACUGUCCUACAGAACAACGUCAAACUAAAUCCAGUCUCUGAUGAUGAGUGGCAAUCUACCUCAUUAACAAGAGGUACCAAUAUAUUUAAAAUCAACAUUACUGCUAAUUGUACAAGACCUGAAUCUCAAACAUCUGAAUUCAAAUCAAAGAUAUACCAUCUCUUUGUUACACGUACUUGGUAAAGAAGAAUAAAGGAUUUUUAUCUACACCUAUUUUUUAU